UAACAAAAAAGCUCAUCAAUUCCAUCGCCAACUCCCCAAAUAAUAAAUUAUAAAGUCAUAUACAUCACUGUUACCCAAAUAUUUCGUACACCACAGAUUUAGAUCAUAUCUAUUUCGCUGAGAAAUCAAUCGCACAAAUAUGCCAUUAUAUUUGAAUUAUUCUGUGGGGAAUGCAAUUGCAUUCAAUGGGGCUGCAUUUUCAUGUAUAUCAUUCAUUGUCUUUCUUGCCUCUACUCAACCAUUUUACCUUGCAGAAGUGCUUGGGUUUAAACAUAAAGAUAAUAUUGGGGCUGCCAUUGGAACUCUUGGGGUCAUCGAUGAGCUUGCAGCUAUUGUGUUUGCCCCUCUCAUCGGUGCUCUUUGUGACAAGAUUACUGCUGGCGGUAAAAUCAGUGGGUCUAGAGCUACCAUUGUGAUGGGAUUCACUAUAAUUGGGGUUAGUUUCCUUUGUUAUGGGAAAUUAGCAAGUCAUUUCUAUCCUGAUUUGGCCAUUUUCAGGACUUUAUUUGCCCUUGGAGUUACCUCCACCAUGAGUAUGGUCACAGUAAUGUUUACAGAAAUUUCAAAUUCUGAUCUUGAUAUUUUAUCAUCAUUAUCAGGAAUUAAAAGAAGUUUCACCAGACAAGAAGAUGAUCCUGAAUCUAUUCAAAGAUUACUUUCUAACGAUUCUACUGAAGAUUUGGAUUUAAAUCCUACCCCUCCAACAAGAAAAACUGGAAGAUAUGCUGCAAUGAUGGGUAUUUCAACUGGUUUAGGAGCAAUUUUUGCAGUUUCAUUCUUUUUAACUUUACCAGCCAGAUUACAAACACAUUUCCCAGAAUUAUCUAAUAAGGAUGCAUUGAAAUUGGCAUAUCUGUCAAUUGGUGUAUUAUCAAUUAUAACCGGUGCUAUUUUAUAUUUCUUUAUCUAUGCUAAAGAUAAUAAUGCGGCUCUUGCCUAUCAACAAACUCAUAUUUCCACUACUGGUACCCCAACUACUGGUUAUUUCAAACUUCUUAAACAUGGUUUAAUGAUUUCUAAAAGAAACACAAGAGUUCAACUUUCUUAUGUGGGGGCAUUUGUUGCAAGACUGACUGCUGUAUCCACUGGGAUUUUCGUGCCACUUUUGGUGUAUAAUUUUUUCUAUAAAUCAGGGAUUUGUGGUGGUGAAGAAGCUACAGGACCGGGGAAAAUUCCUUCAAAGCAAGAUUGUCAUGAAGGUUAUAUAUUUGCUGCCAUUCUCACUGGUGUUGGUCAAACCAUUGCUCUUGUCACUGCUCCUAUUUGGGGUACCCUUAUUGAUUACAAAAGAUUGGGUAACACCCGUUGCUUAUUCCUCGCAUCUUUAUGUGGAGUAUUGGGGUGCUUUGGACUUUGUUUCCAUGGUAUUGGAGAAAAUUCUGAUGCCUAUGACCCUAGAAAUAUUACCAGUUUCAUAAUGGUUGGAUUACUUGGUAUAUCACAUAUUGGUACUGUGAUGAGUAGUAUGAGUCUUCUCAGUAGUGUCGUUUCCGAAACUAAAGACCUGAUUUCCAUAGGUAGUAUCAGUGGAAUGUACAGUUUAUCGGGGGGUCUUGGUAUCCUCUUGAUCACUCUGGUUGGUGGUAAAUGGAGUGACAGUUGGAUCCAUGCCCCAUUUUUCAUUCUUGGGACAUUUCAUAUCAUAUUAUUAUCAUUAUCUAUAAGGUUAUGGUGAUUAUUUAAACUAAUACAUAUAUAUAUAUUCAAU